CGACAAAGGAGAGGGUGUAAGCCGCGCCCGUUCGGUACCCACCAUGCUCCCGUACUAUACGCUGUCCUGUUAUGAGUCAUGCAGAUGUACUACGGAUAAAUGUACAUGUAGGUCUAUGGGAACCAUUUCCACCCACAUCCACCCAUCAAGAUUGCCAUUAACAAGGUUAACCAUUAAUCGAGAAUAUUGAGAUGCUAUUCUGAUGUAGGCUUGAUCCUUCUCAGUACAUUUUGUAUCGGCAUUGGAAUAGUUCAUCACGGGAGACGAUUUGUCGAAAAGAUACGAGUUAAAGCUAGCAGAGGACCGCCAUGACAGCUCACAGUGGGACCUAUUUUCUGACACUUUUCCUCCUCAUGUCAACAUCUCCGGAAGUUCUGUCAUCGCCAGUCGAGGGUGAUGUGAGGCUUGAGGGAGCUGACAACACCGCCCUCCAGGGACGGGUAGAGAUUUAUCACGAUGGUGCCUGGCUCUCCGUCUGCGAUGCAUCCUGGGACACGAGGAAAGGCGAUGUCGUCUGCAGACAACUCGGAUUUUCUGGAGGCGCAAUGUCGACGGACAGGAGCGCCCUCUUUGGUCAGGGGAGGGCAGGUUCCUGGCUGACUGACGUCACGUGUACAGGCAGCGAGGACAGCCUUUUAGAAUGUACGGGUUUGACUUACGGAGUGGGCACGUGCUCCCAUGUCAACGAUGCUGGAGUCAGAUGUGCCUACCCUAUGUACCAAGGUUGCUACUCGUCUUCUGCCACGGGUCCCCUAACGUCUUUCUCCACCGAAAGUGACGCUAUAGACAUCGCGUUAUGCUUGGACAUAUGUCGCAAUGGAGGACAUACGUUCGCUGGCAUGGCAAAGGGCAGGCGAUGCUCUUGUGGUAAUUCUUUAUCAGGUGGCGGCAGGCAAGGCAACUCUGGAUGCAAUAUGGCCUGCGCUGGAGACAUGGACGAAAUAUGUGGUGGCAGUGCAACAGCAUCCAUAUAUAGAACGGAAAACAGCUACAGUGACGGUGUAAACGGUGGAUAUGAAACCUCUCCCAAUUUUCCAAAGCCUUACACAAGUGGCGACAGCUUUGAUAACACGAUCGCGAUACCAGCCGCUUUCAACUACGCUGUGGUUUCUUUCUCGUACUUUAAACUCGCAACUGGGGACAGCGUGAGGCUGCAGGCGGCUGGUGCCACGGUUGGCACUUAUGGCAGCAGCGAUGCCGUACGGGAUACCUGGAUUUCAAUGUCUGCAUCCACCAGCUUCGAUGUGUCUUUUGCAGUUGGAGGCAGUUCCCCGGGAGAUACAGGAUUUGCCUUGUUGUACAGAUUUGGAAAAUUAUGCUUUCCUGCCGACUUGCCGUCCAACGUGCCAUAUGGCUCAUACAAUAGCCAAGCUCAAAGGUAUUAUUACGGUGAAGAGGUUGAUGUGACCUGCCAAGCCGGGUACCAGCGGGACAAAGAGGCCUUCGUUUGUCAGCUGGACGGGACGUGGUCCCAGGCACCCGCCUGCUUACCGAUUCCAACGACCCUACCUCCGACAGCACCAUCAAACAGCACACAGUCAACGACCGUCGUUCCAGGGACAACGGCCAGCGAAACGCCCUCUGGAGACUCUGCCACAACUGCACCCGGGCCCGUUGUUCCACCAAUCAGUACCGCUCUAACAACGACAGAUGCCCAACCUUGCACCGUGCCAGAGGUCGCUAACGGUCAGGUGGACUCCCUGAAUCGUGUCCGGGUGCUAGAGGGCGACAUGAUCACCCUGACAUGCGACGACUCCUACGUGCCCGAAAACGACUACAAUGCAACGUGCCUGGCCAGCGGCGAGUUCGACGUGGCCUUAUCAUGCACGCCUACAGGGGCCCUACCGCCAUGGCUUAUAGCAAUUAUUGUCGUGGCAGCUGUUUUGGCCCUUAUCGUUGUUGUUCUUAUCAUUCUACUCAUGCUUGUCAGUAACGAGCCCAAACGGAACACCAGGCCUGGACAAAGACGGACACAACCACGAGAUGGGUACAGCGCCCAUGCACAACGUGAAAGUCCAGUGGAAGAUCGUCUAGUGGCCAUUGCACCGUCGGUCCAGCAGAAUGCCUCAGCUGCAAGCAGCAUAAUCUCUGGGAGCGAUGACGGCGGCACUGUCAACCAAGGGGCCCAGACAGACGCCGACCCGGCACUUGGAGAUAUAGGCGACCCUAUGGUAGGUGACUCCGACGUGUAUCACCCGACCAGGGAUUACCCUGGAGCAGGAGCCGGGCGCCGUCCGCCCAGCCUGGUCCCAAUGCGUCAGGCGCCUAUGUCUCCCCCGCCGCUCUCCGCUACCUCACAACUCCCCCGUCAGAGGUCCAUGGACUUCCGCCCGAAUCAGGCCGACUUCAGUAUGCUGGAGAACGACGAGAUGUUAGCAGUACGAGCGCUGGAUAACGUGGUGUCCGACUUUGAGAGGGAUCAGGCCGCGUACUAUCUAGGGCCAUCUGGGCCGUCUCCCUAUGGAAUAGACAGGGGAAGCCGCUACGGUUCUAGACAGGUACAAUUCUCGCAGAGGUCCCGUCUGAGCAGCUUCUGGGGCUUGUAUUAAGCAAUGCCAGCCGAGGCCAAAGAUAGGAUGUUAAUAAUGGCAUUGUUGGGCUACGAAUUCGGUAUUGUCAUUACCACCAACAAAGAUUUUUUCCCUGACGUUUGUCACCUGUAAGUUGUAUAUUGUACUUCAAAAGAAAAAAAACCCACUUUUUUUUCUAUUUUUGGUGUUUGCAUUCCUCGCAAAAGCCCUCUGUUGGGUUUCUUUUACACAAAAACAUACAUGUAUCUCCAUUGCGAAUAGACAUGUUCCCGGUCGCUAAAGUUUUGAAUUUGUUAAGUAAACGAAUCCAACACUGAACAGCGUCUAAAUUAGUUUGGUCUCAAUCAGACAUGAAUAACUUUUGUAUUGUUAGAAAGAUUUUGUCUUUCCGGUAUGGAACUAAAACCAUGCUAAAACAUAGCAUGGUCGGUAAAUCUUUAAAGUAAAUAGCCAGCGCUGCAGCUAGACGACGUUCACCGUUUCGGUAAAGCUGGAUGCAUAAUAGCUGCGUCACAAAACUUUUUUUCAGCUUAAACUUGCAGCUAUUCUACGUCCCUGGCUGGCUUAUUUUCACAACUGUCAUCUGUUAGACCCUUGGCUGUUAGACCCUUGUUAGAGCCUUAGUCCAUUCAAUUGCACCCUCUUUCGGAAUUUCCAUGUAUCAUUUUCUGGGGUCGUCUUUUUAGGCCCUUGUGAUUAUUUACCGAAAUCUCAAAAGUUCUGUAAGUUGAAAAUAGAUAACGACGACGUUAAACGCUCCUGUUACAAACCUUUGAAGAUUACAGUUAUCUGUAAUAUAAGUGAGUAUAAAAGUCCAAAACGUUGUCGAAAAUGGAAAAUGUGCAUCGUAUACCCCAGUAUCAAUAAACCGAAAUAGUUCAUAUUUUAUACUUCAAAAUGCACACGUGCACGCAGCUAUAGGAUAAUAUGUACAUGUCAUUAGGGUUGGUUUGUAGAUGAGUCGGCGUUUUGGCCUGUAAAUUGUAAUAUGUAUGCCAAUAAAAUACUGAAAUAAGUAUCUUUUUUUUAAUAACAGAGGAAAUUAUGUACGCAUUUCCCUGUUUUGUUUUAAUUGAAAGGUAUUAAUGUGGGACUGUAUGCACAUUGUAUAUAAUGUAAUGUAUUCGGUAAGAGGGUUCAAGUUUAUUUGUUGAGAACUGAAAGAUGUUCUGUCUCUGCUCCUCAACCAAUUAGAUUUGUCUUUCCUAACGAGGUUUGCCUUUGAGUGCUCUAUUUCAAUUUGAAAAAUGCAACCGUCUUAAAAAAAGGCUUUUACUUUUGGUUGCUUUUCGCACAAUCCGAUCCUCCCUGCGAAUAAACUGGUUCCUAUCCCUUCAUUAUCUACGGUAUAAUAUCGGCAUUAUCUAAAUUAUCUAAGGAGGCAAGAGUCAGUCUAUCCUGAGGAAACUGAAUUAUUUUUGGGCAGCAAAAUAAUUAGAUAUUUGAAAAGAACAGUAUUCCAUAAAAAAGGGAACUUUGGACAGGAAUGAGCCUUUUUGGCUUACAAACGAGUUUAAAACGAAAUGAUAAUUUUUGGAAAGAUCGUAGAAUAUAAACAUUCACACAUUAUACCUUGGAAAAUAGCGGUUUCCGUGCAAUUUCGUGCAGUUAAGGCCCUCAAAAAUCGAGCCGUUGAGGCGCUAGUCGUAAUUCCAGUCGCACAUGUAACAUACAUAAUCUGAAACCCAGCGUGGCACCAGAUAUUACACAGUGAAUUGCCACACGUGAAGUGAAUUUCAUGCGGCGCCAGUUUGGUGCUAUGUUGACAGUUCGAUUGCUUUAUUCACUGCUUGAAACAAUAUAUAGAAAAUGCAAAGUAUAGCUAUAUGUCAGAUGUUAACAAACGGUUUCUUCAAUAUUAUCUCCGUAAUUUUGUAAACCUUCGAACGAAAGUCACCUUUAAUUAAACGAAAACCGAUUUGCUCAGCGAUGCCUGAUUCAAAAGUGAAUAACUUUUGCAUAAUAGAAAGUUAGCAGAUUACAAACCAUUUUUUGUUCGGGUUGAACUUGAAAACAGCACGGACAGAACAUCUUUAAUAGGUACAAAGUAAUUACUACUGAAUUGUAUUCUAUUUACAAAAAAUGAUGUGCCGUCAAAAUGACGAUAUCAUCAAGUCAUCCUGGGCAAGAGGUGUUAUCUCCGAAAAGCAGAAUCAAAAACUGAUUAUCAAAUCUAGAUAAUCUGCUUACCUUAUUUUUUUGUAAUCAAGAUGUAAGUAAAAUAAAAGUUAAAAAAAAAUACCAACUGGAAUAUUUUAUAUAUGUAUUUUAUAUUGUAAUUAAAUUUCCAAAACUACGUUAGUGUUCAGUACUGUUUGUGGGUGUAUCACUAUAAGUGCCAAAACUAUUUAGGUAUGUAGACCGCCGUUGUAUUAAAAAGGCAUAAAAUAUGCAAAAGGGAAAGCAACUUA